AUGAAUCUCCGCCGUAGUCAAGACUUUAAGCAAUUGCCACCAACAUGGGAUCGUUGGCUCGACGUUCUCCGGCUACUGAUAAGAUAUGGGUCGUCCACCCAUGAAAUCGUCCGAGGAAGAAGUCUCGCGGGAUUGAAUGUAGCGAGACACGAUACAUCGUCCAAGGUGCUGCCGUUUCUCCGUAUCCUCGCCGUUGAAAACGCUCUUGAUUAUGACUCAAUAACCGAUGAUCCCACAUGGUCUGUUAUUAAAAAUGCCGUAAAGUCAGGCACGGAUACUGUUGAUACUCUCAAGCUGCUGCGCGCGUGCGGAGUAAACAUAACAAGAGUUUUGGCCGAUGGCCGGACGGUACUACAUCUUACAGCGCAUCAUUGUCAAGAAGAUGACGCCCUUUCUUAUCUCCUCGAAACUGGGUGCGCUACAGAUAUCGACAGACAAGACCAGUGGGGGUGGACACCUUUACACUACGCUGUGUUAGCACUUACAUCCGCAGAGGGCCCGAGACCAUACUCUACCGCGGCAAUGCUUAUCCGUAAUGGUGCAGAUCUGAACAUUAAAGGGCGGAAAAAUCCCGGAAGCUCGUAUGAAUUCCAUUCAGAGGAGUUUACAGGCCCCGAAUUGCUCAAACACGUGCGUUACAAGAGGUUUGAGCUUCUGUUGGAUGUUCUUGAUGCUGCUGGCGUUGAGAUUGGGUCCGUUAGACACACUGACGCCUUCUAUGACGCUGAAGAAUAUCAUAAUGGAGGUGUUCAACGUCUAAGUUAUCAUGUCAGGCAGCAAUGA